GUGCCGUGGGACAGGUCUUGCACUGCAAUUAUUCUUCUUCUUCUUUCUUAAUCAACUAAAAAUGCAGCUUUUCAUCCCAGAGUGUGUCUUAAGUGCAGCAGCAUCCCAACUUUGCCAACCCUCAAACGGAUUUGGGAUGCAACCAUCAAUGUGUGUGCAGUCCACACCAUCAGAACUGGAAAGGGAAGAAGUUACAGCAUCCCUUUUUGUGCUGUUCAUGGGGCUUUUGGGUAUCUUUUGAACUUGAAUGGCCCUGAGGAAGCCCCAGAGUGAGAGCUGACGUCCAUAUCCGCAUGGUUAUGUAAAUUUUAUGUUCCUCAAAGUUGAAAGUAUGUGAGCAGAAAUAUAGAAAAUUAGAGGAAUCAUGUUCUAUCAGGUAACAAUCUGUUGGAGCACCAGAGCAUGGACUGUGGGAGAUUGUCUCCUCAUGGCUGAGCCCUGCUCUGUGAUAAAGUAAAAAGUUAAAAUGUGCUGGGGUUCAUUCCAUUCCUCUUGAAGAAAAUUAUUUUCAGUAACACCUGGAGCUUGCUCUAACCCCACCUGAAAGCUGCUGGAUGGAUGGAUGAAUGGAUGGAUAUUCCUGCUCUCUGAAUGGUCCUGGAAUGAAUCCACCAUUAAUAAAACCUCUCUCAAAUAUUGGGAACUUUCCUACUGGAAUUUGCAGACCUUUGGCCUCUCUUCUGCCCAACAGCAGCGCCAGAUCCCUGGGCUCUCAAAGGAAUCAAACCAUCCUUCUGAGGUGCAGCAGUGCAGCUGGUAAAGGAAUAUACUGAGACCUGUAUAAGUCAGUGGAUGUGAGGCUGGACAGAGCUUUAAGGGAGAUUGUUUCUCUUCCAGGUGAGAUGCUUCUCUGUCCACGCUUGGUUGGGUGGGAGAAGAGCAGGAUGCCCGACCCACAGCUUCUCCCUGAAGGGGUGGAUGGAGUGAAGCAAUGCCGUGCCAGCAGAUCUGAGCGUGCAGAGUCAUCCAGCAAGGGCUGAAUUAAAAAACGAGGAGCCAAGAAAGUGCUUUUUGCCUUCCCCAAGAGCUGCAGCUCCCAGAGCAAGGCUGUGCUGUCAGCAGAAGGGUGGCACGGGCUCAGGACCUGCAAUAACACCGGCACAGCUGACUCACGAGCAGCUCUUUUAUUCAUAAAAAAACUCGGCUAUAAAUAACCCCCCAACAAUGAAGAGCUGCUGGGGAGUGUUUUUCCAUCCUGCUCUAGGCAGUUAGAGCCCGCACAGAGGAUGAUUUGCCUAGCACAUGGUGAUAAGAUAAAUAGUUGCUGCAGUGACAAGAACAAUACGGGAAUUAGUGGCAUUUUUUCACUUCCGAGCGCGGUCCCGGCGGAGCUCCGGGAGCAAGGUGAGUUCUGAGCACGUAGGGCAGGGAGGGGUCAGGUGCUGUCAGCCCUCCAGGGCAUCCACGAGACACUUCACUCCCGGGGAUGGUCCUCAGUGGCGACCUGAAAGGACACUCUUAUGGAUUUUUUUCACUCUGUUCCUGUUAAUUCUCUGAGAGCUAAAAGCCUGCUAGAAACUCUCCAUUCAGGACUGAAAAUAGGGUUAGAAAUGUUGAUCUUAAAAAAUCAGGAUUCUUGGUUUGUUUCUUUUUUUUCCCUUUUUUUUUUUUCCUUUUUUUUCCCUCUCCCCCCCCCCCCCAAGCACUUCAGCCUAUCACUAUUAAAGUGACAAUAAAUUGCACUGCAAUCAUAUCAACUAAGCUUUUAUUUGUGCCAGGAAGUGAAGGCACACUCAGGGAAAGACAUUCCCUCUCCUUAUGAAGCCUGUCAUCUAAAUAAGCAGGGUAGACAUCAUGUGAUCUCCUCAUUUUUUUCUAAAGAAACUCACUCACCUGGCAGGUACUUGGUUAUCAGUUCUCCAUGGCAGUGCUGCACCUUGGGAUAAUUUUGAAAGGAAUUACUCUGUGAGUUGGUUUUGGACAUUGAACCUAAAGACGUGUGAGGAUCUGGGUCAGAGAAGGUGACACUCAAAGUUAAGCAGGGAGGUGACAGCAGAUCACUGAACUCCAGGCUGGUUUUUCCUGGCAGAAUUAUUGCAGUUGUGUCCAUAGCUACAGGGCAGGUGGGAACACCAAAACCAGUGAAAACUGCAUUUAUUUUGUUGCCUCGAGAGCCACAGCAACAAAGGUUUUGGGGAUGUUCCCCCAGCCUGGUUUCUGGAACGUGUGAGGUCUGACGUCAUCCUGCUGCUCCCAAGGGAAUUUGGGGAGGGAUGUGGUGGUGCAUGGGACUUUCACGAGUCUGAGCCACAGGAUCCCACCAUGUGCUGAGGGGAGGGAGGCCAGAGCUGUCCCCAGCCCUCCAGCUGAGGGGCUGCAUCCCAUGUCCCAGCAGAAGGGAUGAGGGCUGGCUGGGGCUGAAUCUGUGCCAAAAAGGCAUCAGAGACUCAAAGCCCAGGCUGUGGCUCAGCUCUUCGGGCUGGAGGCUGAGCUGUUGCUCUUAGAAGGAAGAUCUAAGGGUUGUGAGGGUCAGACUGGCCUGGGGCCAAAUCCUGGUCACAAAUUACCCAGGAGGAAUCGCCCCUGUGAUGGGAGAGGGAAGCACUUCCAAGAGACUUCAAACCCAGAUGAGUUUUGUGAUGGGAACCCCAUCCUGUGUGUGAGAAAACACGCUCAGUGCUCUUUAGUUACUUGUGUGUUACCAUUUUAUUCGUUACAGUUCCCACACCACUGAACAGGGAAUCUGGAAUUUCACAGCUCUUGGUGAAUCACAGUCAUUGGGCCUUCAUCUUCCACGAGGAACGUGGGCUGGCUCUGAUCCUCCCCGAGUCUGCUCCAUUGGGAACAAGCACAAGGUCGUUUCCAUGGAAUACUCAGGAGCAGGGAUAAGAUGUUUUCUGGCUUCUUCACAUCUAAAUGAUCAGGGGAAGGCUUUGCUUGCCAUACACCUGGUUUUAGGCCCCGUGAUGGCCACUGAGAGAGUGAGCAGGUGGAUGUUCUGCUCUCACUGAAGGUCAUGGCAGUGACCCCUGGAUCCAUGGAGUGACUCUGCCUCCAUGCUCAGCUGAGCAGGGUGGCACUGGCCACUUUUUGGCUCAGGUAAAGUAUUAUCUGUUGUGAAAGUGCAGAGCUGGAGAGUUAGGAACAAGUAGGAAUUGACUGUGAGUUCAGGGAGAAUGCGACAGGGAAGAAACCAGGACAGUGGAAUCCCUCAUCCUCCCAGUGCCUGGUUGUUCCUGUGUGUAUAAUGUGUGUCCAUGACCUUGCAGGUGACACCAAACCAUGUGCAGCUCACCUUCUACUCCCUGUGCUGUGGGAUUCUUGUUUUCAUGACGUGGAUGCAGCUUUUUCUCCUGUAGUUUCAGGCAUAACUCAGUUCCUCAGAGUGCUCUCAGCACAAAGGUUGCUCUGCAUCACACCAAGAUAAGUGUGUCUAUUGUCCAAGGGUUACUGAGCAGAGCUGGGACUCGGCUCCUGGACCGAAUUUCCUGGUUUAAGAUCAACUUGGGAAUGUCCCAGCUGGGACCUGUUGUCCUGAGCCCUUGAGAAUCCCUGAGAGCUGCAGUUGUGAGCAGUUCUGAGACUGAGCCGAGGGGGGUGAAGAUGCAUUUCCCACAACAGCCAUUUGAAUCAUCAUUAAAACUUCCACCUGAAGCUUCUCAUGUCUCCUUCUUCAUCUCUUCAACGUGUUCAGUGAUUAUUUUCUUCUCCACAGGCACAAUCAUCAGGUAAUUAUAAUUGAACUUGGAGAUUCUCUACAAAAUAAGGCCAUUUCUUAACACAUGAUGUGUAUCAAAAUAACACCAAUUCAGACAUUCAGAUAUAGAAAUAUAAAACCAAUCAUAGAACUAAAAGAAAAACAAUUCUAGAACUAAAAAAUGUUGUAGAAGGCGAGGUCUAGAUAAUUAUAAAUCAAAGGCUGCCAACAGCAUGGUACAGCCAGGGUUUGAGGUGUCAGCCUGAGCUACUGGAGAUUAGAUUGGGUUCUCUGGACUUCUGAGGGAUCUUAAACAAAUAAUGUGAUUGCUCUUUCCCGUUUAUGGGAUGUAGAUAACACUCUUUCCUUGAAGAUGCAGAGUGAGGUAAGUACCAGGAAGAUCACACAGUUCCUGGAAUAUGGGAGUAGAAAAAUGCCCUUGAACUGAGGUUGUGAUGUGCAGAGGUUUGGAUGUGUAGCAGCUCUGCCUCUGAGUUUUCAAUUCAAAGUAGUUUUCAUCUGAUUUUGAGAGCUCCAGCUGUAUCCCAGAGGGUUGGAAUGCACAAACCUGGGGGUUUCUGUAUGUUAAAGCCCACUAAAAAAAGCAGUUUCCACACUAAUAUUGUCUCCCUUAAUCUAGCAACAUUAUGCUAAUUUUUAUGUAAUUCUAUUAGGGAAAUAAGAUUACAAAGCUUUUGUGAAGAGCUGUUUGUACUACUUGAUAUUAUUUUAAUUACAUUCCGAUCUCAUUUCGUUUAGUGCUUAGUGCUUGAACGCCAAAUUUUCAAAUUAGAGCAAUUUCAAGUAGCAUUUUCAGGAAUAUCUGCAGCAUUUCAGAUCAUUGAAAGGAUUUGCUGACUCGAGGUGUUGGCACUGAUGAGGUGACAGAAAUAGUGGAGCCCUUGUUCAGCAGCAACCUCACACCAGAGGUGUGGCUGACAGGGAGGGUUCCAGGAUGCACAAAGGAUGGUUUAUCUGGGACACUGGGAGAAGAAUAUUUUAUAGGAUGUUAAGACAUCCACGGGCUUCAUCCGUCAUUUUGCAGCCCUUAUUUCUAUAUAAUCAUUCUUUGCAUUUCUGUGUGACCACCUGAAAUACUUAAAGUAUUUCUAGUACUUAAUUAUUGUAUACUAACCUGAAUACACUUUUAUACAUUUCAAUAGGAAAAAAGAAGCCCUAGAAUUUUCCUUUUCAAGCUCCACACUUUAGCGUGAAUUUCUGAUGUUUUAAAUUUGGCAGAGCUAUCAGAGCUCACAGAUUUCCUGCUCUAGAGCUGGAAUUGCUGCUGCAAUGAUCAGAUGUCAGUGCUGGAUGUGGAAAGCCCGUGAACUCAGCUGUGCUGCCUGGCAGUAUCACAGUAUAAAAUUGUUACUCAUGGAAAUUAAUCCUUUUUUAGGAUGACAGUGAGAAAUGAAUUAAAUCAGAAUAAAUUCGGACAUAGCAUGGCUUUACCUGGGUAAUUGUACUGCUCACCUGAACUGCUCUGCUGGUUAAAAUCUCCCUGUUCCCACUAAACCUCGUAUUUUGUUCCAGCAGUGCCCUCUGCUGAGAGCAUGGAAUGUGUGUCCCAAAGGCUUUUUUUCUCCAAGGCUCAAGUAUUUUGAAUCCAGUUCUCAAAAAUCAUUUGCCUUUACAAAGAUAGAGAAAGAAAAGAUAUAAUGAUAUUGGUGUUGGUUUAUUAAUGUGCAAGUCACACAUUAAAUAAACACAAAAUAUCCUGUAAUGAGCAUGAGUAGUGAUGUCUGCUAUUGUUUAGCUACAUUCUCAUCUAGGAAUGAAGGUGGAAAAAAGGCAUUUUCCUAACUGCUUAGGCAGGAGCUGAGGGCCAGGUUGGUGACCCAGCACUGAUGUUCUUAUUUCAGCUCCAUCAGCCACACACUCCCCACUCCAAACCCAGAAUAUCCUGCUCUCUGUUUCCUGACUCUCUAAUCCUUUAUCAUCUAAUUUAUGGGUGAGUUAACACUGAAUUCACAUUAAUUCCAUUUUAGACUAUCUUUAAAAAAUUUUAAACUACUGCUGUGAUCAUUCAUCCUCUCAAGAUCUGGCCAGAUUUCCCUGCUGGCAGAGGUUGUUUUCAGCAGCUCAUCCGUGUAGCAACAAAUAUGUUUUCCAGUUCGGGCUGUCCUAGCAACUGAAGGGUAAUUGGUGAUGCCCUGAGGUGGUAACCCAAAUAUUUAAUACCACACGUGGUUAAAGUUUAAUCCACUGUCAUGAUGAUGAUGAUGUGGCAACAGAAGCUGUGCGUCAGGGUCCAUUCCCCACCUGGAGAACGAGGUGGCAGCAGCUCUCGUGUGGUGUGGUCUCUCACGGAGUAUGGGAUGAGUGAAGCCGACCUGGUUGAGAGCUGAAAGGAGGAUUUUCCACCAUGAAUGGAUUUCCAAACUGCUCUGCUAACUACACAAACAUCUGGAGUCAUUCUUUGGUGCUUGCCCUGGGCAUCCCCCAGCUGACCAUCAACGUGGCGUCCGUGCUCUUCAACUGCACCGUCAUCCUCACCCGCCUGGCCACCAAGGACCUGCACAAGCCCAUCUCCAUCCUCUUCUGCAAUUUGGCUGUUUCUGAUCUCUUCACCAGCUUCUCUGGCUUUUGGAUUUCCACGCUGUUCAUCACCAACCCCGACAUCACCAUCUUUGGGUCCGAGGACAUGCUCGCCCCUUACGCCUUGUACACGACGUCCAUUUUAUCCACCAUCUACAACCUGGUGAGCAUCGGGGUCGAGCGGUACCUGGCUGUGGCCAAGAGCAUGAGGACGAGAUUCAGGGUUGCCAGAAACCAUUCCAUAGCCGUGGUUUUCACCAACUGGGUCCUUGCUUUCUUUCUGGGCUGCUUGCCACUGAUGGGGUGGAACUGCCUGCACAGGGAAAAGAGCGUCUCGGUCCUCUACAGCCCGUUCUGCGUCAACUACCUCUUCUUCAUCACCAUCCCCAACUUUGUGGUGGCCUUUAUCAUACCUCUGUUCACCUACCUCAGAAUCAUCAUCAUCCUGAGGAGGAGGAAGCUGAGGAUGAAGGCGUGUGGGCAAGCCACCGGCACCUACAAAUCGGCUGAGACCCAGGUGGCCAGGACCAGCAUCUUCAUCUGGCUGCUGGCGCUGAUCUCCUACGCCCCGUUCUUCGCCGGGGUCAUUUUUGAUGCCACCAACCACCGGUGCCACGUCGACCUCUACCCGGGCGUCUACAUCUUCAGGAACUGCACGGCCAUGCUGAUCACCAUCAACUGCCUGGGCAACCCCCUCAUCUACACCCUCAAGCUCAAAACCCUGGGGGCCAAGCUCAAGGCUCUCAAGUGCCUCUCCACCAACAGCGUCCGAGCCUGUGCCAUCGAGCACAUCUAGGUGGGGCUGCCCCUGCUGCAGCACUGCCUGACCUGCCCAGCGGAGCCAGGGAGAGCUCUGCAAUCACUCCACAUCCAGGGGGAUUCAAAAAACACAUGGAUGUGGCACUUGGGGGGCACGGUUUAGUGGUGGGAUGAUGGUUGGGCUUGAUCUUAGAGGUCUUUUCCAACCUUGUUUCCUGUGAUUCCAUUCCUGAAGCCCAGGUGCUUCAGCACCCAGCGAGGGGGAGGUGUUGGGGUGCAGAAACCAGCACGGGCAGCCCUGAGAGGGGGGCUGGACUCUGUGUCUCCCAAAGCCCUCAGCAGCGAGGAGCUGUGCUGCCUGGCUCUCCUUGGGGAAGUGGCUCAGUGUGUGCCCCUGGUCUGUGUUGCCUCCAGCUGGGAGCAGGGGAGCUGUUUUCCUUGGAGAUAAAAAUAACUCCAUUAGCCCUGUUUACUUUGUGCUGCUGCUGCGCUCGCUUCGCUGCCCAGACUCCCAUCCCUGUUGAGUGGUCUGUAUGGCUUUGAAGGCAGUUAAACGGCUGGAAAAUUCUCAGCAGUCUGGGGGAAAUUGUCAUUUUACUUUCUCAUUUACACUCAGUCAAAUUGUCUCUUUGACUGUUGGAUGAAUCUUUAUUAACAGGGCACUCAGCCCUGUUUUCCUGGGGUAAUUUUAACUGCAGUGUGUAGCUGGAUUACAUGUUUUUGUGAGACAUUUGUGGCUACAUCUUUCAUAUUUCUGCUCAUAGAGGCACACUCGAGUCCAUGGCUUGUGAAAUUUGUGCUGUUCCAGGUGACAACCUUGGCUGGAUCCUUUAGGAUCAGAACUGAAGUUGAGUUGACUGUGCAAAACAAAAUAAAAAUGUCAAGACCAAGUAUUUUGUAAAAGGAAAAGGUCUUACUCCCUCUCUCUCAAAAAAGAAAAAAAAGGAAAGUUGGCUCCUGAAUAUUUAUUACUUAUUUAGUAGAUAUUGUUUCCUGAGAUCCUAGUGGAGGUGGAUGUUUAUUCUUAGUUACACAGGGAUAUGUUCUAGAAGAAUCUCAGAGUUCAAACUUCUGAUCUCUUGCCUGAGCCAAAGCAGGUUUAUUUUCUCUUGCCCCGACCAGAAGCCUGGUUUUAACAGAUCUGGUGACAUCAGCCCACCUUGCUGGUUUUUUAAAGUGCUCUCAGAUGCUGCUCUGUGGUGUUUCAUCAAGGGACACCAAUAAAGUGGCAUCAAUAAUCCACACAGUGAUGAUGUUCUCACGUUCAUCACACGCACAGUCCAACCCAAAUCAGCCCUUCCAGCACAGAUUGGAGCUUCCAGGGAUUUGUUUCCAGUUUCUUUGCUUUGUUGUUGUUGUUCUUUCCCCACUUCAAAAGGUUUGAGUGAACUAAGGGAAAAUCCCAUUGCUCUGAUCCUGGCCAGGUAUGAGAAAAGAGAUGUUUUGGGUAAGAAAUGGGUUCACCCCCUAAUGUAAGAACUGGGAAGUGCCAUCACAUUAACAAAUCUGAUGCUCAGUGGUUCCCUUUAUUGCUGACAAACCCCUUUCCUGUGCUUCAUCACAUUGAAGAGCUCCAGGGAUAUUUCUUUUGUCUGAAUUGAAAUUCAGAUAUUUAAGGAAAUGGAUGGCCCUAAGUGACACAGAAUUAAAAUGAAUUAUUUAAAUGGAUAAUGUAACUCAGGUAAGAUAAUUUCUUUUCUCCAUUGUUUUUUUUUUUUUUGUUUUAUUUUGGAGCACUGCUGUUCUGUCAGGGACUUCUGGGAACUCCACUACCCCCAGCCCUGAGAAGGGUCUGGCUGGAACCUGAACAUCUGUAUUUCACCCUCAACUUAACAACAGGAGGUUCAACCAAAACUUCCCACAGGGGAGAUGGUGAAGAUCGACCCGGGGUGGUUUUUGAUGGGAUAUUUGCUAUAUGGUGUAAUUUUUUUAUCCACUUCCAUG